AAACCUCCCCAAAACAGACCAACAACCCAUAAUGAAAUAUCUCCUGCAACUCCGCACAACCACUCCAACAAAAGCAGCACGCUCCAAUGGUGGGUGCGUGAAAUUCAAUCGCAUAAAGGCAUGAGUCAGUACUCAGUACACUACACUGUCUUUAAUCCCUUCAACAUAGUAGAAAUUGAACUCCCUCUUUAGGUUUUGGCCUCUAUUCUCCACUUUCCUCUCUGUUUGAGUUAGGGCACCGUGGUCUCUGUUGCUCUCUUCCUUGUUGGACUCGUCAAUGGAAAGUGGGAAAUGUAACUUUGAGGAGCAGUUGGACUGUUCCUGGAGGUCUCCCCACCAUGGAUGGAAGUGUUUGGGUCCUAAAUUAGAGGCCAAGAGGUAUAGGCUUAAUGUAGCUGGGAGUCGGGGAAUCGGAUCUGGGAGCAUAGGAGGAGGAGGUGUGAUUAGAAAUGAAAAGGGAGAAUGGGUAGCUGGGUUUGCAGAAAAUUUGGCAACUGGUAGAGUUAUUGAGGCAAAGCUUUGGGCUUUGUAUAGAGGCUUGGAGCUUGCUUGGAAAUCUGGGUGGGCUCCUCUUGGGGUGGAAUGUGACUCAAAUGUGGCUUUAACUGUCGUAAUGAAUCAAGUGGUGCACCAGAACCACUCUCUGUUUCAGUUGGUUAAAAGCUGCCAGGAGCUUCUUGACCAAAACUGGAAAUGUUCGCUAGGGUGUGUAUCCGCGGAACGAAACUGUGGCGCCAUUUUUCUAGCCAAUUUGGGGCUUAGUAUGAAGCUUGGAUGCCACUAUUUUGACGUUCCCCCUCCGGCGUGUGCCCCAUUUUUGGUUCACGAUGAGUGCAGUGUAGCUCCGCCAGGGUCUGUUGCUGCUCGUAACGUGAAGAAUCAGGAGGCUGAUAGAAUGAUUCAAAGGGAUACUAGGAGGAAGAAUCAAAGGGUGCGUAAACUGAUUCAGAAGGCUCGUAGAAUGAAGAAUCGGAAAGUGAAAGAGGAUCGUGAAUCUGUGAUAUUCACAUGGAGAAUUGACACUUUCUCUAGACUGGACACCUUCAAGCAUUACUCAGAGCCUUUCAUCAUCGGUGAUCUUGAAUGGCGGAUCGUUAUCUAUCCAAAGGGAAACAAGGAGGACUACUUGUCGGUGUAUUUGGAUAUGUCAGAUACUAGGGCAUUGCCACUUGGGUGGUCUAGAUAUGCCAAAUUCAGCUUAACCUUAGUUGAUCAACUUCAGUGCAGCAAGUCAAUAACAAAGGAGAUUGUACAUGUGUUCAAUGCUUGUGAGAGGGACUGUGGCUUCAAAUCAUUAGUUCCUCUAAGUCAAUUUUAUGACCAUGGUAAUGGGUACAUUGUGAAUGACAUAUGUAUAAUUGAAGCCAAGGUUGCAAUUUUACAAGACCAUGGAAUUUUUGCACCUGUGGAGCCCUUCAGGAAGGAAAAAGAGGGGCAGGGACCUUCAAAUGUGCAGCCUGUGAAUGUUCCAGACUUUUUCACAAGAUGGGAGACACCAAGUUGUGAACAGGUGCCUGCCAACUACCACAAUGCAGCAAGUUCUGAACAAAUUUGCACCGAGCUUCCUAACAUUUCCAUUGCCAAGGAAUCUGAGGUUGUGUCCUCCACAUCAGCUGAUGAGCUCAUGGAUUUCAGGGGUUUAGCCAAAAUACAAGAAGCUUUUGUUCCGCUGUUAGAUGAAGUUUGUUCAUGUCACUCUUCUCUCAUUGAAUGCCAAAUGAAGCAAAGUCCCAUGUUUAUCGAGUGGGCAUUCACUGCCUUGGGCCGAGUUCUACAUUUUUUGAAAACUAAGAAGGUUAAGGAUAUGACAGAUGAUGUCUGUACAGACCUAGAACUUCUAUGGAAAGAGCUCCAGAUCUUCAAAUUUGACUUGGCUUGGCUGAAGCCUCAUGUUCAAAGAGCUUUGCAUAUGAAUAAGUUGGUCAAAAGGGCAGGACAAGUAAAGAUAUUGAGAAAGGAUGUGGUUGAUUUGGAGAUUGAAAACAAGAGGCUAAUGGCUAAGCUCGAGGUAGCAAGAAGAGAUUUGGAAAAGGCUGAAGGUAUUGAGGAGAUGGACAUGGAUAAGGAGCUAGGUUAUGGGGGUUAGCUGUCCUGUGGAAUUCGGAAUUAUGAGAACUCUCACAUAAUUCUCAGGAGUCCAAUUAGUUUAUAGGCAGCAUAUAUCUAUCUAGUUUUAGUUUCUCCAGUUAGUUCUUAUUAAUUUUCUAACUACUUGUAACCUUUCUAAUGGCUUGGGGUUGUACAACUUAUCAUUGAGUAAGAUUGUUGUAGUAUUAUUAUUCAUUUCUGAA